GAACAGGUGACGACAUCGUUGUCAUACUCGUGAUUUCAUAACACGCCAUUUUCUUUGUGUGAAGUGUUAGGGUCAGAGGGAAUACGCGUCCUGUUUUCUAUUAAAUUCGAGGUAAUAUCAUCUACGUUCGAGGUUUCGUCGAUCGACCACUGGAUGCUUUCGUCCGUCGAUGGACAUCGCGUAUCUUUCCUUUGAGAAGACUCUCAAAUUACCGCGCAAAAUCGUAAUUGCCCUGUUAGUGUGUUGACAGGUUUUCAACUAUCGCAGUUAAACGGAUUCUAUUUUACAUCUACAUUCAUUAUGUCAUCCCGCAAGAAAGUACUUUUAAAAGUAAUUAUUCUGGGAGAUUCUGGAGUAGGUAAAACAUCAUUGAUGAAUCAAUAUGUUAACAAAAAGUUUAGUAAUCAGUACAAAGCUACUAUAGGAGCAGAUUUUCUCACCAAAGAAGUUAUGGUAGAUGAUAGGGUAGUUACUAUGCAGAUUUGGGAUACGGCAGGUCAAGAAAGAUUUCAAUCGUUGGGAGUUGCAUUCUAUAGAGGCGCAGAUUGUUGUGUAUUGGUAUUUGAUGUUUCUGCACCAACAAGUUUCAAAUCUUUAGAAUCAUGGAGAGACGAGUUUUUGAUCCAAGCAUCUCCACGAGAUCCAGAUAAUUUUCCAUUUGUUGUUUUGGGGAAUAAGGUGGAUCUAGAAUCUAAAUCGGUAUCUAGUAAGAGAGCACAACAAUGGUGUCAAUCCAAAAACAAUAUUCCAUAUUUUGAGACCAGUGCAAAAGAGGCUAUUAAUGUGGAACAGGCAUUCCAAACGAUAGCUAAGAAUGCUCUAGCUCAAGAAAGUGAGGUGGAACUUUAUAAUGAGUUCCCAGACCAAAUUAAGCUGACCAAUGACCAAAGAAAUAAUGGUAAAGGGGAUUCUUGUGCAUGCUAGGUCGUGGAUCGACAAAAAUUCAUAUACAAGCAUAUGGAUGCAGAGGUCAGGUCGUACGUUUACAUAUUGGAAUAUAAAUAAUAUUCACAAGUUUUAUAAUAAUUUUGAUCAGCCUUUAGGAAGUCUGGGAGCAUAUAUCUCGGUUUUCAUAUCUUACAUAUUCAUUAAUCUCAUCAGUAAUUUUAAGAUGUUUUAUCAAACUUAUUGAGUAAAGCAAUAAAGAUUUAAGAUGCAUAUAUUUUAUAUAGAAUAAAUUCUAAACAAAAUAUCUUUUUUUAAACAUUGAAACACAGACUAGCAUACCGAGAAAUAUUUAUCUGACUUCCUAUAAAAAGAAAAGAAUAUAUGUUGUGAUUAUAUCACGCAUAUUAUAUAUUUGACUCUUUAGAUGGGUCUUUUAUCUUUACUCCAUCUGUCCUAUUGAAUAGUUCACUCAGCAUAGUAUUUUUAAACAUAUAAUGCUCUCUCUUAUUGGUCAUGGUGAAACGUAUGGACUGUCCUAUAUAUCUGCAUCUCCUAAUGAUUCAUUGUUGAUGUCCUUUGUCAUAGGAUGACACUAUGAAGUUUUCACAUAAUAAAAAUCGUUAUUGCGCGAGGAGGUUGACGUGUAGAUCGGGAAUACAGGUUGUGUCAGAUUUGAGAAAUCAUGCAGAAGAUUGCCCAUAAUAUAUUAAGAACUAUCGCAUUUAGAGAGGAGCCUUGCCACGUAGCGAAGUUUUGUGAGUAGCUUUUAAGAAUAUUGACCAUUUGCGGCUUCUCAUCUGGAGACUAAAAUUUACUAUUAUUGAUACAUCAAGGAAUAAUAGGAAAUAUCAAUACUCAUGUUGCAUGUAUUCUCUUUAUAUUUAAAUUCAAGAUACAAAGAAUGUGAUAGCGUUAUUUAUAUUUAAUAAUCUUUGAAUUAAGCAGUUCUUUUUUCUUUCUUUUUUUUUUUUUUUUUUUUCCUUAAUUACGAGUAUAACUUUUAGUCGCAAUAUUUGCAAUAUUUCAUUCAAAAAAGUUUUAUUUUAACAACUACAUCACAAUAUUUAUCGCAACAUUUCAUGGCCCCUCUGUCCAAAAAGGCUAGUGCGUUUUAUCAGGCAAUUCUUUUUAUAAAUGACUCAACAAUUGGAUUCCGCUAGUUUGAUAAACCAUACAUCGUACCUCCUUCAAAGCGCUUCUAUUUUCAUCGAUUUCGUUUUUUUUCUUGAAGUGUUCCGUUUUGCAAUGCGUGCGUUUUCAAUCAUUUCAAAAAUUGUAAUAAAAAAAAAAUCAUAGAUUGUAAUUUAAAUAUCAAUUUGUUGUUUUGUUUUAUUAAACGACUCGAUUAAAUUAUUGGUCUUUUUUUAUAUAAAUUAAAUGUCUUGGCAAUGAUUUAGUAAAUUAAACUUUAUAUAGAUUUCUCUGCGGUGCUUAUCGUUUCAUGAAUGAAACAUUUUUUGUAAGAUUUUUCCUCGAAUUAAAUAACACACAUAAACCUUUAAUAAAUAUUUUAAUUCUGUAUAUUAAACUUUCAUCGGUUCUUGAUUUUGUAAACAUAAGAUAUGCUAAGUUGUAUUGUAAAUUUUAUAUUAGCAUAUUUAAACAGAAAGUGAAGCACUCUUAUUUUUUGUACCACACUUAUAACGAUUUUGCAUAUAAACGUAUGUGUAAUAAAAAAGACAGUAUACUAGAA